UUGUGGAAGAUGUCCUGUGCAUUGUAGAAUGUUUAGCAGCAUCCCUGGAUAACCUACUAGAUGCUAGUAGCACACUCCCCCGAUUUUAAUAAUAAAAAUGUAUCCGGACAUUACCAAACAUGCCUUAGGAACAUCACCCCUAGUUGAGAACCAAUGUUAUAUGUCUUCCACACUCCUCUGCAUGAAGGAUGGGGUGCCAAGCUGGACACGUGUUAGUGUCCAUGUAGUAACUUCUGUUCCCAUCUGGAGUAGGAGGCAACACCACUCAUUAUCCCAAGCCAGCACUGAGAAGAUGGUGAGCUGGAGUCCUGUCAUCUGGGAAAACAUGCAAGUGGACAGACCAGAAUAGCCCUGCAGAGACUUUAAAAACUCAACAGCCAUUGGAACCACAGUCCACUAAAGUGAGCCAGGAUGUGCAUUCUGAACCAAACAGCCUGUGGCCAACGUCACGUGCAGGGGAAGAUCAUGGGAGGCAUGGACACCCCUGAGAAGAAGUGGCCGUGGCAGGUCAGCGUGCACUAUGGGGGCUUCCACAUCUGCGGCGGGUCCAUCAUCCAUGAGUACUGGAUCCUGUCGGCUGCCCACUGCUUCAGCAGGAACAGGGACAGUGCGGCGUUUGAUAUGUAUGUGGGCCUUGUAAACCUUAAGGUUGCAGGCAGUCACACCCAGUGGUUUGAGGUGAAUAAGGUGAUCCUGCAUCAUACAUACGAAAUGUACCACCCUAUUGGAGGAGACAUCGCUCUGGUGCAGCUGAAAACCCGCAUUGUAUUUUCUGAUUCUGUACUCCCCGUCUGCAUUGCACCCCCAGACGUGAACCUUCAGAACCUCACCUGCUGGACUACAGGAUGGGGACUCAUCUCCCCAAAAGGUGCCUCAAACCACCUGCAGGAGGCGCAGCUACCUCUGAUCCCGUUGCGUCUAUGCCAGCUGCUGUAUGGACACACAUCGUACCUUCUGCCAGACAUGAUGUGUGCCGGGGACCUCAGGAAUGGGAAGACUCCAUGUGAGGGUGACUCUGGGGGCCCACUCGUUUGUGAAUUCAACCGCGUCUGGGUGCAAAUUGGAAUAGUGAGCUGGGGCCGUGGUUGUGCGUUCCCUAUGUAUCCUGCAGUUUAUGCCCGAGUCUCCUAUUUCUCAACAUGGAUCCGUCAUCACAUAGAACACACACCCCCACCUCCUCAACCACUGCCUGCCCUCUCCUCCUCUUUGGGAGCCGCUGUCAGUGUCCUAGUGACCAUGCUGGCUGUCCUGCCAAUGCUGUGAAGGCAAGGCCCCCACCCCCAGCUUCCUUAUACUGCAUGCCUCUGUCCCUGCCCAGCUCAGCCCCUCAGGUCUCUGGGCACCUGAGUGAGGUGAGGGCCACCAGCUGGGCCAAUGCAGGAUCAGGAAGGGGCUGAGCCAGGGCCACACCCAGGGAGGCAAAGCCAGUCUCACCACAGAAGGGCAGGGUGCCUGGGGAGAGCGGGUGUCCUGGCUGAGUGCUCUGGCACCUGAGAUUGGUUAAGAUAUUAAAAUUUU